CUCCUCCGGUUUCACCGGUAGGGGACUAAUUACCAGGUUGACCACCAAGAUGGUGGCCAAGGGAAAUAACUCGGAGAGAAAAUACGUCAUAUGAAAACUAUCUGUACGUUACAAGUAAAUCAGUCGGGCUCGUUCCCCUCGGAAAUUUAACUUUCGUUUCAGUGAUGGCCACUGGCACGCCAUUUCUUCAUGAAAAGUUGGAUUUAACCAUGUGCUCUAUCUGUUUAGAGAAUUUCAAAUCACCAAGGUAUUUACCAUGUGCACACACUUUUUGUCACACGUGCUUAUCAACUCGCAUUAAAGCUAUAUGUACAACGAAUGAUGACGAUCAGCAACUCGGAUUUCCCUGCCCUUUGUGUAGAGCAUUCGUUCCUGCACCGGGAGCAAUUGGUCGGUUUCCUUUGGACAAAUGGGUGAGUCAAUUUCCUGAAAAUGAACAUGUGGGUUCGUUAGUUAGAAAAGGCGGUGGUCUAUCUCUAAUUCUAUGUAACCCAUGCAACAGGGAAGGAGAAGAGAAUGAAGCUAGUAGAUGGUGCCAGGAAUGCGCUGAGGCUCUGUGUGAAGAUUGCUUAAAAUAUCACAAAAAAAUCAAAUCAACACUCCAUCAUGAAACAGUUCCCAUAGGUGAAAAUUUUACUACACUUGUGCCUUCUCAGCGCUUUAAUAUGGACAUCUGUGAAAUUCACGAAGGAAGAAAAAUUGAUAUGUUUUGUAAAUGUCAUUUCACACCAUGCUGUGUUUUAUGUGCUACGAAAGAGCAUGGAAGUUGUCAAAGGCUGUGCCCAAUAGAAGAAGUUGCUGAAAAACUAAUAGGUGCUGAAAGUAUUCAAUUUUUGCAAGAUGGUAUAGGUCGAUUAGACCGUCUUUUAGAAACGGUUAUCAAAGAGGAGAAAAUUAAUCUGGUUGAUAUUGAUGAUGUAGCUGACAAAAUUGUAAAUGAUAUUACAAAAACAAAAGAUAAAGCUAUAGAAUCUGUGAAAAGAUUGGAGGAAAAACAUUUAAAUGAGGUUGCAAAGUUGUCCAAAGAUGCUAAAGCAAAACUUGAAAAAUCUAUUGAGGCUUUGGAGCAAAGACGGUGUUAUCUACAAUACUGGAAAGAAGCAACAUCGAAAAAUUUAUCGCCUGAGGAAUCAUCAGAAUCAGAGUUUGUUCUGUCAUACAUAAAAUUAGCACAGAUAUUUAAAGAUUUAAGAAAACUGGAUAUUUCAAAGUUAGAAGUGGGAAUAAAGUCUACUAUACACAAGAGUGUUGGUGAACUGAUUGAACUACCUAGCCUGGGCGAAAUUUAUCUAAUGGAGGGCAUAAAGUCUCUGAUGCUGAAUGAAACUAACAUAAAACAUGCCGAAGCUCAAAUGAUUUCUGAAUUUAAAAUUGAUGUCGAUAAUUUAAGAGGUGGAGUUUAUCUAAGAAACAAUGAACUCAUUGUGACUGAUUAUUCGAAGAAGAGAUCUCGACUGAUACGCUGUAAAACAGAUGGGCUCAUUUUGAAAGAAGUGACUCUCAAAGACCGUCCAUGGGAUGUUUCUCUCUACGAUGAAAACCACAUAUAUGUUACACUCCCAGAUGUGAAAGCGAUUCUAUUGUUGAACACUGAUUCACUGAAUAUAGUAAAACGGAUCGAUUCUGGCUAUUCAUGCUUUGGAAUGUCACAGUCAGGUAACACGAUUGCAAUCGGUUGUCAAUUAACAUUAAAAGUACUGGACAAGGAUUUUCAAAAUAUAAGGAGUUCGAGUGAUUUACGUAAUAUGUAUGAUGUAGCUGUGAAUGUGGAGGAAAAUAUCAUUUAUUCCAGUUACACUGAUCAUAUCAUCAGAAAAGAAGACAGAAAAGGAAAUGUUUUGUUCACAUACUACCAUGAGGAAUUAAAAAGUCCAUAUGGAUUAACAGUGGACAGACACGGAAUUAUCUAUGUGAAUGGCCACAAAAGCAAUAAUAUACACAUUUUGUCACCAGAUGGUGAAAAUCUAAGAAUUUUGAAAGGAGUGAAAGAGCCCCUAUGUAUCAAAUUUCAGGAGAACAGUAACCGAUUCUUUGUGGCGGAGACUGGGGGUACUGUGAAAAUAUUUGAAUUUACCACAUGAAGUUGUUAAAAUGGUGUUCUUGAUAGGAAAUCAUAAAUACAGGGCGAAUCCUGGAUUUUUUAGAGGAUGCGUACGGUAGACUUGAACAAUCGAAGAUUUUUGAUAAAAUCCUCUGUAAGAGCAGGACUGAACUCCUGCCCCCGACAGAGUAAAUCCUGCUAGUUUAUGUUUUUGAUUGUGAAAUAGACAUUUAAUUUGCAAUUAAAUGGGGGGGGGGGGGGGCACAACUCUUGAAAAAAUUGUGUUUCUGUAUUUGUUCAGUUUAUUCUCCGUUCCAUUUUCAAAUUCGCUUGGUAUAUAUGUACAUAUAUAUUCUGAAUGCAGUGGGUAUAUAAGUGUAUUUCUACACAUGAUUUUACUAUUCUUUAAGGCUGAGAUCUUAAAACAAAAUUUUAUACCACUUAAUAAAAAUACACGUUGUAAAUACAAUGUAUUUACAAAAUCAUUUGCAGGUGUCUUGACAAGACUAAAUUCCUAACACAGCAAGAAUAACCGACAUUACUUGUUUUAAGAAUUUUUAAUGUUGAACAACCCUUUGCUAUUAAUUUCGUUUUGCGUUGUGUUCUACAUUACUCUGUAUACUGUGCACCAUUGUACUAAUGGACGAAUUGUAUUUAUAUAGGCUUAUUGUUUGCUGAUAAAUCUAAG